AUGGCGGAUCUCAGCGUCCGAAAAAUUGCGCCUACCCAGGAAGACGACAGCGAGAUGACCGCUGCUUCGAACAUCCCCGGCGAUACAGCCUCUCGCGACGUCUCCGAGAACAGACCUACCAGCGCUGAAACCCUCAACCCUACAUUUUCCCGCGAUGACCUCAGCGUGCCUGGCAACACAAGCACCCAACAUGACACUACUCUCCUCAAGCGGGAAGCAGUGACCAAGGCUUGGGAACAGUGGACCCGCACGAGCAAGCCAAUUGAUGACCAGCUCAAGGACUGGAAUGAUACAACCACCGACAGUCAGUUCGUCGACAGUGUCAGAGCCGAUCUAGAGCGCGCUUCCUCCGGCACAGCUGCAAAGCUCAUUGGUUUCCUAAAGGCCGAGAAUGAGCUCCUCAAGAGGUCAAACCAGACACUGACGACCUUGGCUCAACACGUCGGAGAGGAUCUGGCUGGACAGACGACCUCGUCGGCUGGUGUGUAUCAAGCACAGAGCCUUCAGUACCCUAUGCGUCCGCAGACCUUGCUUCGAUGGUUCCAGCGAUUCGCUGAUGCAGGCUGGGCCGUACCCGCAGGUCUUCCAAUGACCAAGGACAGGUUCGUAGACAGGUAUUACGGCUGUCCCGAAGAUUGGCAUGGUGUCAAUACAGUCUGUAUAUGCGAUGACUACUCCGGACUCAUUAUCUACAAGUCCUUCCGCGGUUUCCUGGAUCAGCAGCGAGGGUGUGUCCAUGAGGCGCCAUAUGCACUAGCGAUAUGGCUCUACCUCUCACGAUACAACAUCUUCUGGCCCAAGCAGACUGUACCGUCAUGGUUCUUCGAGCAAGCAUCGCGCAUUGACUCACGCCACCAAUUGGACCUUUCCGGUAUGGACGACGACCAACUCAUGAAAGCUUGGCUGGAGGCCACUGCUGCCGAGCUGCCUGGUAUAUGGUCCCAAGUCCUGCAGCGCCAGGAAGAAGAUGACCGCACGAUCUCCAACAAGCUAUGGGCCCCAGUCGCGAAAUUCGUGAAGGAUCACGAGUACGAGAUGUAUGAGCCUUUACGCGAUGUGCAUGACGACUUCGACUACAACGCAGCAGAGCCCCGGAUGACCCAAACUGCGCACGAUGUGUUUCUUCUCCGACUUGCUGAGGGUGAGGCCCUAGCCACCGUGUUGUCCGAUGACCAAAAGGUGCAUUCGUUUAAUCACCUUCGCGUAGCCGCUCUUGGGGAGGUGGCUACUGGAGUUGAUCGCUAUUCCCGCGCUUUAGAGAAGAAGAUGACCUGGGAAUUGCGACAUCGAUGGGUGAAGAACAAGCCAUCACAAAAGUCUAGUCAAUCCUCCACCAACAUCCUCUAUGGUGCCAACGCGGACGAACCGAUGGUCAUUGACGACUAG